GAAGUAAUUAGCAACCAAAACAGGUGACAUAAAAUCAUAAUAUCUGAAAUUUUUUGAGAAAUUAUUCAAAUGAUUUGGCUUAAAGUUUUACUCAUUUAUUGAUCUUUCCCUAAAACUAAAAGAGAUAAUAAACGCAGUAGCUUUCAAACGAUAAUUAGACACCAGCUUUUGCUUUUCCACUAUUCAAUACCUUGAAUAAAAACACUAUUUCACAAGGUUGUUGAUAAAUUCUUUUUAAGGGAAAUUCUCAUUUCUGCGUUAUCUUUGUUUCAAAACAGUGGAAAAACCCCUCUCAAUAAGCCUUUUUGCUCUUUUUUUGUCUGCCCUCAACACCUCAGGCCAAAUCGUAAAGCUUUUUGCCAAUAAGUUUCAUAGUUAGACCUGUUUGACACGCCUGACUUUUCAGUUUCCAUCCCCGCUGUGAUGGCAGCACCUCCCCCAUGUGCCCACAGGGCUCAGGUGACACCAAGUCAGGUUUUGACACACCUCCUGGCAGUCGCCUACAAAACUGCAUUCCCUGAACCUUCCCUCAGAACGUCUGCCUUGCAGGUCGAGGACAACGCUUUUUCUUAUCACUUUCUCAAAAGGGAGGAAAUCAGUGAAUCAUGCCUGCCAGCAUUUGUGGAGCCUGGGAAUUGAUCAGCAAUGUUAACUUUGAGGGCUACAUGGUUGCUCUUGGUAUCGGCCCCUACUUGAGAAAAAUCGCUCUGAAACUGAAACUGAGGAAGGUGAUUGAGCAGCACGGGGAUCAAUAUGUCAUCAAAACUGUGAGCCCCUUCCGGAAUUACACCUUCUCCUUCAAACUAAACCAAGAGUUUGAAGAGUUCACACAGGGACUGGACAACAGACACGUCAAGUCACUGGUGACGUGGGAGGGGAAUAAACUGGUGUGUGUGCAGACUGGGGAGAAGAAGAACCGAGGCUGGACACACUGGAUUGAAGACGACAAGCUCCACCUGGAGCUGUAUUGUGAAGGAGAGCUCUGCCGACAGGUCUUUAAAAAGAAGUAAAGCAGUCAAGAGAAAGAAGAGGUGUUUCUGCAGGAGCUAAGCAGCGCUGGAGGACAGAGCUGGCCUGACCCCAUGUUGUUAACCCCGACAAACAAAAGCACACAAGACAACAAGUCUGUGGUGUUUUCUCUGUGAUGGAUUCCAAAUAUAAUUCCAGAGAAUGCUCGUGUUUCAUGUCAGGGUUGAAAGAUCCACCACUAGGUGGCAUGGUUGCACUACUUUUGUGAGGCCCUGCAGCUUGGUGGAGCUGCCUCAGUGGUGGUCCAGGCCAUUGUGCAGUUAGCUCACUGCCAAAUGCUGAUACUUUUAUUGCCUGCUUAACCCUUGUGCUAUCUUAGAUGACCCCACCCUUACAUUGACAUGUUCUCCCUACCAUGACAAAGGUGGAAAGAUUUCAUGUAAUCCAUGGACACCAGUGAAGAUCACAAAUCAGUAAAGAAAAAAGUUUUAACGCACUGUCUAGUGGGUCUAGAUGACCCAUCUCCCAAUGUUAAAGUGCCUAGGAUAGCAUAAGGUUUAAAAAACAUUUUUUCAAAUAAUAGUUUUCUUUUUAAUCACUACAACCGGCACUAAACUAAUGUGCACAGUGUUUAAGUUUAACAUUUUCAGUUACACCGAUGCAUUUGUACCCAUUUUUAAAUGCAUUUAGGGUUCAGGAUCACUGUAAUUUAUUUUUAUAAUGUGUAAUGCCAUGGAGAGACAAGUUCAACUGUAGAUAUUACUGUUACGUUGUUGUAUUUUUAUAUGCAUUCAAUCUUAAUGUAAUUUAUAAUUCAAUUGUAAAAUAAAACAUACAUUUUUAAAUGUUCCACAGAAAA